CCUACAUCCCCUGAAAGUUCUCCUCUUGCUCACGAACAGUGCAUUUUGUUUUGCCAUUCUUGAUUGUUUCCUCUGCCCUUUCAACAGUCCUAGUAGUAUUGCAUCUUUCCUAUUCUCUUGCCCGCCAUGUCAUCCACGCCACCCAAGCGACAAUGGCCACCAUCAACUCCGCCGAGCAGGCCUCCAACAAAGCAGCAGGUGCAGCCCACACCGUCUCCUCAUUGGUUCGGUGCAUCUUCAAACAUCGAUUUCAGCUUCAACUUCCAAUCACCAAUCACCCCGGACCCGAGUCCCGGAAAUCCAUCCUGUACGAAAUCAGGGUCUUUCCCAGAUCACCCUGUAAUACAAGGUGCGGCGGGUACUGCAUCGCCUCCGGGUCUCCUCGCGAAUGACCUCAGCCAGCUCUCCCUGGGGUCUCAGUCCCCAGAUCCCUUUAGCCCAGAAAGGCAUAAGGCCACCGGCACCUUGGCUAGGGCUCCCCCGGCCCCGUAUAGAGUGGAGACGGAGGAGGGUCCAGCGCAUGAGUUCUUCACUUCAUCCUUCCAAGAUAAUCUGAGCGAAGCCAUAAAUGUGGCACAGGAGGCGGUCUUGCUGAUAGAGAAGCUCCGGGCGGCUGGCGUGUCUGAUGAAAUCCUGAUGAGGCUGCUGGAGGACGCACGCAGGCUCGGGAGCUAUACCGGCUCUGAGACCCGGACAAUCGCCGUCCUCGGCGACUCUGGACAAGGCAAAAGCAGCCUGAUCAACUCGCUCCUUCAUUACCCGGAAAUUUCAAAGACGGGAGAUAUCGGCUCAGCCUGCACUUCGGUCGUAACCGAAUAUAGAGAAAAAAAACCCGCCCCGCAUGGUGCUGGCGCCAGCGAUCAGGCCCCAAUCACGCUCGAGGUAGAGUAUCUCUCUGGCAUUGAGAUAAAAGAAAUGGUUACAGAGCUCCUCUGGAGCUACAGGCAACUGUUUCUGCCCGCGGUCGAAUCCGACACCACGUCCGACGCCGACUAUGCCCGGUACAUGCGCGAGUCAGAGCAGGCUUGGUCGGCCCUAGAGGCUGCCUUUGGGCAUCGACGGGAGUUCAAGCGGGCAAUGCUGCAGGACAUGGCCGAAGGGUCACUGGAGAGGAUAACGGAGAUGUUGGUCGGUUGGACGGAGGAUAUUGAGUGGCCCAGUGGUGACGAGACCGCUGGUUACAAUGGCGAUGAUGAAGUUACAGGCAAUGAGCCAAGCCAUCUUGUCUGGAGAUCUACGGCCGCUACAGCCGAAGAAUGCUGUGAGAAAACGAGCCUUUUUAUGCAGGACCGGUAUUGGCCGUUUACCAAGAUCAUUCGUGUGUACCUGGAUUCCGACGUCCUCAAGAACGGCCUUGUCCUCGCAGACCUUCCGGGGCUGCAGGACACCAACCUGGCGCGGGUCCGGGCGACCCAGGACUACCUUAUGCGAUGCGAAAACGUCUUUGUCGUGGCCAACAUCGCCCGAGCCAUCACGGACCAGUCGCUCAAGUCAUCCCUCUAUAACGUCCUGGCCAAGAAUGUGCCGUUGACUUGGGAGGAGGCAGACAGCAAGGGCAGGGGUCUUAUUAACAUUGCCGUCGUGUGCACCAAGUCCGAGGAUAUAAAUCUGCGGGCAGCUAGGGUCGAGUUCUGCGGCCGCGGCAAGCCCAUCGACCCUGAUGUGCUAGCAGAUCUGGACAGAGAUAUUGAGGCCGCGGAUCGGUGUGGCGAGCGCCGGCGGUACAAGGAUUUGAAAAACAGACGCAAGCUCCUCAUGAUGAGGGCCCGCAGCGAACACGUCAAGGCGGGUCUGCGCCAGGCAUACGCAUCCCGGGUGCCUGGCGAAGCGCUCCGAGUCUUUUGUGUUUCCAACAGCAUCUAUGAGAAAUACGCUAUAGACUUUGGGGACGGCCGCAGUAACAAUUCUGAGCUCGUAGCAGCCAGCGAGAUCCCAGACGUCCGCCGCUUUUGCCGCAGCAUUACGGCUGAGGCCAGGCACCGAGAGGCACGCCACUUUGUGUGUUCGUCCGUCGCUGGCCUUCUUGGCUCCCUCAGGCUGUGGGUUGGGAGCGCCCAGGAUACGAGGGUCGUGGAAAACGAUAAUUGGAUUAAGACAAAGCGAGAGGAGCUUUCAGGGUCUGUCCAGGAUGCGAGGACCGAAAUUAUGGAGGCAGCCGCUGCAGUCGCCGAUAAUUUCAAAAAUUGUUUCAAGGACCAGAUACUUAGCUUCCUUGACGGCCGAAACGCUUAUUGGGAGCGGGCAGCUAAGCAUGAAGGUGAACAAUGGCAAAGCUGGCAUUGGACGCAAUACAGCGCCUUCUGCCUCAACAAUGGUCACCAUGAGACGCCCAAAAGGCCGCGGCAGGACUGGAACGCCAAAAUUCUGUGGAAGAUGCGCUCCGAGCUAGCAUACCAGUGGGAACUCGUCGAGGAGGAGGCCGGCAAUGUGUUUGACGUUUUCCUCGAUUUGGCAAAGGACCAGCUCGAGGAAAUCAGAGAUCAAGUCGAAGAAGCUUCGGUAACCUUGCCGUCGUGUGCAUCGCUCGCCGAGGCGCUGUUGUGUCACAUCAAGGACCUAGAAUACAGAACCGCGCUGCGAAAGGCCGAGUUUGUAUGCAGUGUCAGGACGAUCCGCCGGUAUGCCUCCGAAUCGAACCACAUGUCAUAUGUUCUCAGCGGGAUGCUCCCUACAUAUCGGCAAGCAAGCAGCCAGUCAGGUACCGGCAAAGCGGCGCGCCAAAAGAGCAUCGUGCAGGGCCGCAUCACAGACGGGACGCUCUUUCCCGGUAUCUCGAUGGCCAUAUCGACGGCCGUUGAAGCGGCGGUGCAAAAGUCGCAGGUGGGUCUCAGCGACGACGUCGCCGCCGUGUUGGACCGUGUCAAUGCGGACGUCAAGCUCGAACUCAGGAGGUGGUGCCAUCGCAACGAAGCUGCCGAGAUGACAACAGUAGCUGCAACUGGCAGAAACACGAAUGUCAAUGUUCCUGGUAGCAGCGCAGUCGCCACGGAGUCGACGGCAGCGCUUCUGGUGGCGCUGGGUGGCGAGGUGGAAGAGCUAUGGCAGAGGCAUGCGGGUCUGGUCCGCAGCGUGUCAACAGCAAGCGACCGGGAAAUGGAGUAAGAGAUGUAUGCUACGACGGAAGACUAACAUGGCCAAGAGAAAGAUAUCUAGUUACUUAGGGAAGCCUGAGCGAGCCGGAGCGUUCAAGCCGCAAACGCACUGAGGAAUGUGGAAACGCGGUUGGCUGUUCCGGGGCGUGGUUGGUAGGAACCGUGCGCUUUUCAGUUACCUGAACCUGAGUAAAUCUUAGGGGACGCUUCUAAGCAGUCAGUUUUGACCAUAUAGUAGCCAAACAUACCAGAGACAGUUUUUAUUUAUUUAUGUCAUUGCGAUUGCCCUCUC